UCAAUUGAGGAGAAGAGUUUUGAAGGAAGUAGUGAGGGCGGAGAGGACCGACAGUCCCAUGAUUCAUUCUGUUCUUCCUCCUCCUCCAUCCUGGUCCAACUCUGAGGCAGGGAGUGUGGUGUUAAAGGGCUGAGCACUCUCCUGUGCAAGUCUGCGGAAGAGGAGAAAGUGGGACAGGGGUACUGAACUGAACAUCACGGUAAAACUGAAGUCUCCAUCCCCUGUCGCAAACAGCUGCUGCGUUGUCCCCCAAGACACAGACAGAACCCACAAAACAGGUAGAAGUCCCAUACAGUACGUUGGACAUGGAGGCGGGACCUGAUGAGGGAGUGGCGGGGGCUGUGUUUGCAAACGAGACCUCCGAGACGAACCCCAGUGACACACCGUCAGGCAUACUGAACAGUCAGCAGUUAUCUGCUAUUGAGGAUGAAGAAGUCCUGAAUAAACUGUUGGAUAAAGCUGUGGAUUUUGAUGAAAGGCGAAUGAUCCGCGCUGCAUUGAGGGACUUGCUCAAGAAGAAGAGAGAGAAGCGAGAGAAAGAGCGGGGGUCCAGGCAAGAUGACCUGAGGCAGCAGGCUUUGAGUAAAGCAGGCACAGGACGGAUGGGAAUGAACAGAGGCCAGACCAGCAACCACCAGCAAAGAUCCCACAUGCACAGCCAACUCUCUGCAUCAACCACCAACUCCUUCACUAAAACAACUGGCAGCAUGGCCAACCCAGCUAUGGCACCAGCCCAUCAGUGUUCCCCUGUCGUUGCAGAACCCAACAUGAAAAAUGUCAAGCAGAUGUUACUGGAUUGGUGCAGGGCCAAAACCGAACCAUAUGAGGGGGUGGACAUCCGCAACUUCUCCUCCAGUUGGAGUGAUGGCAUAGCAUUCUGUGCACUGGUGCACAGGUUCUUCCCAGAUGCAUUUGAGUACUCCAUACUCAACCCCAACGCACGCAAAGACAACUUUGAGCUGGCCUUCAGCACUGCAGAAAGGCUGGCAGAUUGCCCCCCUCUGCUGGACGUUGAAGACUUGCUGCGGAUGCGUGAGCCUGACUGGAAGUGUGUGUACACAUACAUCCAGGAGUUCUACCGAUGCCUGGUGGAGAAAGGCCUAGUUAAAACCAAAAAGAAACUCUAGAGACGGAUGUUUCACAAUAUGGGGAUGGGGAGGGCAUAUAAGAGUUUGUAGUUUGCUGCAGUGCCUUUUAAGCACAUAGCUGGGAUUUUGUAUUAACUGUGUGUAUCUUUGUAUUGGUUUGUGUGUAUUAGCUGACACUUUCUGUUUAUGUGUUGAGAGGACAGCUGGCACGUAGGAUCAGUACAUUCCACUGAGAUUACACAUCUGAUAUAAUUUCAGUCAGAGCCAUGGAGAAUCUGGGAAUGGCUUUUUAUGGUGCUGCUGUGCCCUGACUACAAUGCCUUUUUGUGGGUAGGCUAUGUAUGGGUUAAAGAUACAUGAGGUCAAAUGUAAUGUGAAUGGUGUGGUUUGAUUUGUGAACAUGUAUUUUGUUCUGAUCACAUUAUAGAGUACUACUACAUUUAUAUUACGGGGAACCCACACCAUUUUCAGCCUGAAUGAGGAUUGUUGCCAAGUCAUUACUGUAUUUGGUCACUAUUUAAAAAUGGAAAAUAUCCCUGAAGUCUACUCCAUCAAAGUUUAGACCCAAAGGCAUCUUGGUCCAGGGCAAAUAAAAUGCAGUGACUGGCUCGCAGUAACACUGACUUAUUAUUGGCUGAGCUACUCAGGACCACCAUGUGCUCAGAGACAGACUAUAAUCAUACUAUAUAAACACAGAGUUGCCAUA